AUGACUGAAGCCAAACAAGAUUUAAUUGAAUUAUCAACAAAUCCUUUAGAUGUAUGGAUAAAUACACAUUAUGAUGAAUUGUGUGCAGGUAUGACGUGUAAAAAUGCUCUAUUCUGCAAACCAUCAGACAUGAAAGACAAGAAUUUCCAAAUGAGUAUUAAGGAUAAAUGUGAUAGGAAACAUAGAAGAAUAGACGAUAAACAAACAUGGUGUUAUGUUUUGAAAGAAGAAAUGAAAGGAUUAUAUAAACAGGUUGAACCAAACGAUAAUGAGGAUUCAUUUACUGACGAUGAAAUACCUGUAAAUGAUGCUUUAUAA